AUGCCUGUCGAGCUCAAUCUCGACUCGCCGCUGGCGACAGCCAUCAACGCGGCGAUCCAACCAAAGCUGCAGGAAGUAGGAUGGGCGAGUGAGUCGGACGCCUCGUCGCUGGCCGAGCUGAUCGUGCUCAUGCUCGCCAACGGCAAGUCGGAAGAAGAAAUCGCCACCGAGAUGGCAGGCGACUUGCUGCAUCUAGAGCCGGGCGACGCCACGGCGCGCGAGUUCUCCAGAUGGCUCUUUCAGCAAAUCGACGAGCUGAAUACGCAGAUGAAUGGCGUACCUGCCCCUGCCGAGGGCGAUGUCGAAAUGGACACUGAUUCACUGAAUGCUCCCACUGGCCCCCGUGCGAUGCGAAAUGGACCGCGUGGCGGCAGAGGUGGUCGCAUGCUCGGCAACGUCAACCGGGCGAUGGACCGCACCGAUGUCCUCCACCGAGUCCGUCAGAACGGCAACGAAAGAAUCAAUACUCACAACCGCCAAGCACAACGUGGCCGCGGCGGUCGCAUGAACCCACGAAACAUCCAAGCAGGUCUGGCCGCCGCUGGCCCUCAGUGGAUGAUGGGCCCCAACGGGCCGCAGUCCCAGGCUGAGAUCCUGACCAUGCUGGAGCAGCAGAACCAGAUGAUGUUCCAAUUAUCACAAAUGAUGAAUACCGUGCCAAACGGAGGCAGCUACGCCCGCGGGCGGGGUGGCAAGUCGCUGUUUGACCGCGUCCAGGACCCGAACCGCAGGCAGCAGCGCAAGCCACAAAACGGCUACCAUGACAAGGCCGCCAGCGAGAACGCUGAGGGCGGCGAGGAAUUGGAAAUGACGCGCGAAGCCCCGAACCCAGAGGACAUGACUUGCAAAUACAACCUGCGCUGCACCAACAAGGAGUGCAAGUUUGCGCACCAGUCGCCGGCCGCGCCGCCUGGCGCAAGCGUCGACGUCAACGACCCGUGCUCCUUUGGCGCCGCCUGCAAGAACCAACACGCACUGCCCGUUUCGGCACCCGUCGAUGCCCCUGUGCCGCAACGGCGCGGGCUGCACUACGGACGGCUGCAAGUUUACGCACGUCAAGAUCAAGUGCCGGUUCAGCCCUUGCCUGAACCCGCACUGCGCCUUUUCGCACGAGGAGGGCCAGCAGGGCGGCUUCAAGGACAAGGUUUUGUCGAGGACGGCGACGGACUGGAGGAACUGGUCAAGCCAGAUGAUGAUGAGAUGAGGCAUGAUACCAACCAAGCCGUCGAGGUCGCGGCGCAGGGCGAUGUAAUUGGGUAG